AUGGUCAGCGCGCCGCUGGACUCGGCCGCCCUGGCGAGCCACUCCCACGACCACUCACACGACGCCCACAGCCACGAACACAGCCAUGCCGCGUCUCACUCCCACGACCACGACCAUAGCCAUUCGCUUUUCGGCCAUAGCCAUUCCCACGGAGCUGGCCACAACGAGCUUUUAAAAACCGAUGCCAAGCUGAUCUUGGGCAACCCGGCAGUGAGAAUCACCUGGGUCGGCCUCUUAGUGAACGUGGGGAUGGCGAUUUGCAAGGGGAUUGGUGGUAUCUACUUCCACUCGCAAGCUUUAACUGCCGAUGCCAUCCACUCCGUCUCGGAUAUGAUCCUGGAUUUUUUGACUUUGGCCACCGUCAAUGUCGCUAAUAAAGUCGGUUCUCCCACCCAUUUCCCUCUUGGCUACGGUAAGAUCGAGACGGUGGGGCUGAUACUCAUUCUGGGCAUUUUACUCUUUGCCGGUAUCUCGGUAGGGUGGCUGUCCCUCCUCCAAGUGCUCGAGUACACGUUACCCGCCUACUGGUACGAUAUGGUGCUGCACAUCCAAAUUGGCCACUCCCACUCCCACUCGCUCACCACCACCACCGAGGACUCGCUGGUGGGCCACUCCCACUCCCACGGCGACCACAGCCACUCCCACGCCGAGGUAGUGAGGGAAGUGCCCAACAUCAACGCCGCCUGGAUUGCGGCGGCCCUGAUUGCCGUCAAGGAAGUGCUCUACCGGAAAACGAUGAAGGUCGCCGCCGACACAAACUCCAAGGUGCUUGUGGCUAACGCCUGGCACCACAGAGUCGACUCGUUGACCGCCGCCGUGGCCCUCGUCACCGUUACUGGUGGGGUGAUGUUUAACGUCGCCUGGCUCGACUCCGUCGGUGGUCUUCUCGUGCUGUACUUGAUCGUCAAGGCUGGGUGGCUGUCGUUUAAAACGGCGUGGAACGAAUUGGUCGACGUCGGUGAAAAGCCGGGGAUGCCCACCUACGACAAAGUCGAAGGCAUCGUCAAGGACGAAUUGGCGGGUAACCGCGACUUGAGAGCGUUCCACUUGAAGCGGUUGCUGGUGCUCACUCUGGGAGCCAACACCAACGUCUACCUCUGGUUGGCGACGCUGGACCCCUCCGACGCCAGCUACACCAUCACCCAGCUCAACUUGAUUGAAAACAAGCUCAAGUACUUGAUUCGCCGCGACGACCCUUUCAUCAAAAAGGUGUUUGUGCGUUUCUGCGACGAGCUGGUCGUCGAUUAUGACUCCGACUCCUCCACCACCCACGGCAUCGAGGACUUAAAAUCCAAGCACUAA